ACUUUUCAGCGUUAAGAUCAGAGAGGACACAUUUGCUGAGAACCAAGAGUUGGGCUACAAGACAUUGCAGACUAGCAGGAGUUGAAAUGGGUCUUCCAGCCGGGCUGUUAGAGUUCUUGGGGCCAGUAGGGUGGGGGGCAGCAGCGCUGGUAGGGGUGCUUAUAUUGAUUCAAGUGGUUAAAAAGAACAGAGAGGAGAAACAUUCUAUUUCUCCAGGAACUCACAAGUGUUUUGGUGACGAGAGAACACGGUUGAAGGAGAAAAAGUCUAAUGAAGCUUCUGGAAGAACUGGAAACUCUAGGAAGAAGAGAGUAGAACCGUGCCGUCAUGACGAACAUGAGGAUGACAUAAUAAAAGGUUACGGCCUUGGACAUGUUCACAAAUAUAAAGAUGACAAAAAAUUUCGACCAUCUUGGUGUGAUAAGGAGAAUGAAGGCAUUACAGAGGCAGACCAUAUUCCACCUAAAGAUUCUCUGAAGAAGGCCUUAAACAAUGUACGACAGGAUCGUCUCCUACAAGUGAAUCCAAGGCUUCAUGAGAUGAUCAUGAGCCUUGUUAAUGACCCAACUGGACAGAAACUGUUAACCAUGAGGGUUCUUUACCAGGAUCACAGAGAUGCUCUGACCACUGGUAGCAGCAAAGAAUCUAAAAUAUGCAGGUGGACUCUGACACAAACAAUGCUAAGUGGAAAAGAUGAUUGUGCAGUAAAAAUGCUGGAGCAAGCUUUUAUCAUGGGUCAUCCUAUAGCUUCCCAGAUGUUGAGACAUGAUGCUGGAUUUGUUGACGCCGCACUACGUACCGAGGGUAAAGUUGACAUGUCUGAUGAAGGCACAAGGAGCUACUACAGAUAUGGCUACACUGACCUGGUCGAUGAAUAUCUCUACAAGGGGAUAAUCAACGAUGGUCAAGCAAAAGACCUCAAAAUAUGGGUGAAAAGAGAGAUGCACCUGGACCGGGAUACCGCAGAGUAUAAGGAGAUCCUUGAAGACAUUAAUGAUUUCUAUGACUGUUUUCAUAUGUUGUAGGCUUACUCUUACAGCAGUAUCCAAGGGGAAAGAAUCAAAAGUAUACCUUCCAUCACUUAUCGAUCAUAUUUUGGAGUAGCCUACAAUUUCAUGAAUUUCAUGUUGAUAAACUCAUCUUAUAAUUAUAAUGUUUUGCUUUACAACAUGAUUGGUUGAUCCACAGAUGUUGCAAUCUCUAUUGCACUCCACACUGCCCUUUCCCACCUGGAUGAAAGGAACAUCUAUGUGAGAAUGCUGUUCAUUGACUACAGCUCAGCGUUCAACACCAUAGUACCCUCAAAGCUCAUCACCAAGCUAAGGAUCCUGGAACUAAACAACUCCAUCUGAAACUGGAUCCUGGACUUCCUGACAGGCCGCCCCCAGGUGGUGAGGGUAGGUAGCAACACAUCUGCCACGGUGAUCCUCAACACUGGAGCUCCUCAGGGGUGCGUGCUCAGUCCCCUCCUGUACUCCCUGUUCACCCACGACUGCAUGGCCAGGAACGACUCCAACACCAUCAUUUAGUUUGCUGACAACACAACAGUGUUGUAGAGGGAGGAGGUCAGAGACCUGGCCGGGUGGUGCCAGAAUAACAACCUAUCCUUCAACGUAACCAAGACUAAGGAGAUGAUUGUGGACUACAUGAAAAGGAGGACCGAGCACGCCCCCAUUCUCAUCGACGGGGCUGUAGUGGAGCAGGUUGAGAGCUUCAAGUUCUUGGGUGUCCACAUAACCAACAAACUAUCAUGGUCCAAACACACCAAGACAGUCGUGAAGAGGGCACGACAAAGCCUAUUCCCCCUCAGGAAACUAAAAAUAUUUAGUUUCCUGAGAUCCUCAAAAGGUUCUACAGCUGCAACAUCGAGAGCAUCCUGACCGGUUACAUCACUGCCUGGUACGGCAAUUGCUCGGCCUCCGACCGCAAGGCACUUCAGAGGGUAGUGCAAAUGGCCUAGUACAUCACUGGGGCAAAGCUGCCUGCCAUCCAGGACCUCUACACCAGGCGGUGUCAGAGGAAGGCCCUAGAAAUUGUCACAGACCCCAGCCACCCCAGUCAUAGACUGGUCUCUCUACUACCGCAUGGCAAGCAGUGCCGGAAUGCCAAGUCUAGGACAAAAAGCUUCUCAACAGCUUUACCCCCAAGCCAUAAGACUCCUGAACAGGUAACCAAAUGGUUAUCUGGACUAUUUGCAUUGUGUCCUGCCAACCCCUCUUUUUACGCUUCUGCUACUCUCUGUUCAUCAUAUAUGUAUAGUCACUUUAACGAUGCAUACAUGUACAUACUACCUCAAUAAGCCUGACUAACAGGUGUCUGUCUGUACAUAGCCUUGCUACUCUUUUUUCAAAUGUAUUUUUACUGUUGUUUUAUUUCUUUACUUACUUACCUACACACAAUUGUAACCCUCUCACCUGGGUGUCACUGACUGGGGGUCCCCGUGAGGGUAACACACCUGACCCCUCUGUGCCCGCCGUGCUCAGUUAGCAGAAACUCAACACACUGUCACGUCUGGGUCCACACACACACACACACACACACACACGCACGCACGCACGCACGCACGCACGCACGCACGCACGCACGCACGCACGCACGCACACACACACACACACACACACACACACACACACACACACACACACACACACACACACACACACACACACACACACACACACACACACACACACGCACACACACAUACCUUUUUUCCCCACACCAUUGGUUAGAGCCUCUAAGUAAGCAUUUCACUGUAAGGUCUACUACACCUGUUGUAUUUGGCGCACGUGACAAAUACACUUUUAUUUGAUUUGAUAUGAUUAUGUGCAGCAGUGUGCUAGUGGAGCCAAUCUGCUUACGUUAAAUAGUCUCUUGAAGCUUAUCACUGUUUAAAGUCUCUUUCUAAUCUACAUUUAUCUGGAGGUCUUCAUAUUGACCACAUUGGUAAAUGUAUAGACUUCCUGCAAAAUGUAUACAUUUCCAGAUUUUCCACUUUUACACAAAUGGAAGGCUGUGCAGCCAUUGUUAAAUUAAUACUACCCAAAUCAUAUGUAAUAGGCCAUACAAUAUAUUGUUUUUCUUAAUUGGAUCUGUGUUGAAAAGUAGGCCUAUCUAUCCCAGAACAGCAAUAAUGAAAUGCUCAAAUAUACUGAACAAAAAUAUACAUGUAAAUAUAAACAAUUUCUAAGAUUUUUCUGAGUUACAGUUCAUAUGAGGAAAUCAGUCAAUUGAAAUAAAUUCAUUAGGCCCUAAUCUAUGGAUUUUAAAUGACUGAGAAUACAGAUUUGUAUCUGUUGGUCAAAGAUACCUUUAAAAAUGGGCCUCACAAUAGGCCUUAUUUCUGUGCAUUCAAAUUGCCAUUGAUAAAAUGCAAUUGUGUUCGUUGUCCAUAGUUUAUGCCUGACAUACCAUAACCCCACUGCCACCAUGGGGCACUCUGUUCAUACUGUUGACAUCAGCAAACCACUCGCACACAUGACGCCAUACACGUGGUCUGCGGUUGUGAGGUCAGUUGGACGUAGUGCCCAAUCCUCUAAAACCACGUUGACGGCGGCUUGUGGUAGUCGCCUCCUGUACUCCAUGUUCACACCCGACUCCAACACCAUCAUUAAGUUUGCACAACAGUGGUAGGUCUGAUCACCGAACAAUGAUGAGACAGCCUAUAGGGAGGCCAGGACAACAAACUCUCCCUCAAUGUGAGCAAGACAGAGGAGAUGAUUGUGGACUACAGGAAAAGGAGGGCCGAACACGCCACCAUUCACAUCGAAUGGGCUGUAGUGGAGCAGGUCGAGAGUUUCAAGUUCCUUGGUGUCCACAUCACCACCACCUAACAUGGUCCAAACACAUCAACACAGUCCUGAAGAGGGCACAACAAAACCUUUCCCCCUCAGGAAACUGAAAAGAUUUGUCAUGGGUCCCAGAUCCUCAAAAAGUUCUACAGCUACACCAUCGUGAGCAUCCUGACCGGUUCUAUCACAUCCUGGUAUGGCAACUGCUCGGCCUCCGACCAUAAGGCGCUACAGGGGGUAGUGCGUACGCCCAGUACAUCACUGGGACCAAGCUUCCUGCCAUCCAAGACCUAUAUACUAGGCGUGUCUGAGGAAGGCGCAAAAAAUUGUCAAAGACUCCAGUCACCCAAGUCAUAGACUGUUUUCUCUGCUACGGCACGGCAAGCGGUUCCGGAGCUCCAAGUCAUAGACUGUUCUCUCUGCUACGGCACGGCAAGCGGUUCCCGGAGCUCCAAGUCUAGGUCCAAAAGGCUCCUUAAUUAACAGCUUCUACCCCCAAGCCAUAAGACUGCUGAACAAUUAAUCAAAUGGUCACCCAGACUAUUUACAUUGACACCCCCUUUGUUUUUACACUGCUGCUACUCACUGUUUGUUAUCUAUGCAUAGUCACGUUACCCCUACCUACAUGUACAAAUUACCUCGACUAACCUGUACCCCCGCACAUUGACUUGGUAACGGUACCCCCUGUAUAUAGCCUCGUUAUUGUUAUUUUAUUGUUACUUUUAUUACAUUUUUUCCUUUAGUUUAUUUAGUAAAUAUUUUCUUAACUCUAUUUAUUGAACUGCAUUGUUGGUGAAGGGCUUGUAAGUUAGAAUUUCACGGUAACAUCUACACCUGUUGUAUUCGGUGCAUGUGACAAAUAACAUUUGAUUUGAUGGUAAAGAAAUUAACAUUAAAUUCUCUGGCAAAGCUCUGGUGGACAUUCCUGCAGUCAGCAUGGCAAUUGCACGCUCCCUCAAAACUUUAACAUUCGUGGCAUUGUGUUGUAUGACAAUUUAUUUUAAUUUUAGAGUGGCCUUUUAUUGUUCACAGCACAAGGUGCACCUGUGUAAUGAUGUUUAAUCAAAGUAUUGAUGUUUAAUCAGCUUCUACAUAUGUCACACCUGUCAGGUGGAUGGAUUAUCUUGGCAAAGGAGAAAUGCUCACUAAUAGGGUUGUAAAAAGAUAUGUGCUCAACAUUUGAGAGAAAUAACCUUGUGUGUGGAACACUUCUGGGAUCUUUUAUUUCAGCUCAUGAAACAUGGGACCAACACUUUACAUGUUGCGUUCACAUUUUUGUUCAGUGUACAUUUACAGAACUUCUGAUCAUUUUCUUGCCUUAGUACCCGUUCAUGGACUAUGAACACAUUGUUUUCAUCAGAAGAGAAAUGUGUGAAAUUUCCCGGCAAUCAGUAAAUACUACUGGGCAAAAUUCUAAAUCAUCCCAUCAGUGUCAUACUAUGUACAAUAUAUGGGAAGAUCUAGACAAUGGGGAUUGUCUAAUUGUUAUGAUUUUUUUUUUGCAGUAUUGCGGACAUGCAGAGACGCAAACAAUUAAGAUGGGUUCCUUUUCAUCUCCCACAUUGUGACCUUCCAGUAUAGAGCUUUGCUUUGGUGUGGAUUUAGACUUAUAUGUUCAUAUCAGUUGUGUUUCUCCAUUGUAUUCACUUUUCCAUGUUCUAUUGUGAAUUGUGUUUCUGUGUAGCUAUGGAAAGUUUUUUUAAAACAAUCAGCGAACCAACUUUUGAAUUGAAUACAUGGAAUUGGAUUGUGAUGAUACUGAUGAAUGAGUCCUGCACACAAUGUGCUUAUCAAUGUUUUUACCAGGAAUUAUAUUUGAUUUCCUGUGUAUGAAAUUGUUUGGUGAAAUAGUAUUUUCCCAUCAUUCCACACCUUUAGAUAGUUCUGCUUCCAAUUUUAAUCAUCAGGAUUUAGUGACCAAAAAAAUAGAAAUAGAAAUAAAAUGUGUUGAUCUACUGAGAUUUUUAAAAUACUUUAACUUCCUGUUUUGUCUGCUUGGACUCGAGAGAUAAUUAUGGUUGUGUUAAUGUUCUUGGACUCGAGAGACAAUUAUGGUUGUGUUAAUGUUCUUGGACUCGAGAGACAAUUAUGGUUGUGUUAAUGUUCUUGGACUCGAGAGAUAAGUAUGGUUGUGUUAAUGUUCUUGGACUCGAGAGAUAAGUAUGGUUGUGUUAAUGUUCUUGGACUCGAGAGAUAAUUAUGGUUGUGUUAAUGUUCUUGGACUCGAGAGAUAAUUAUGGUUGUGUUAAUGUUCUUGGACUCGAGAGAUAAGUAUGGUUGUGUUAAUGUUCUUGGACUCGAGAGAUAAGUAUGGUUGUGUUAAUGUUCUUGGACUCGAGAGAUAAUUAUGGUUGUGUUAAUGUUCUUGGACUCGAGAGAUAAGUAUGGUUGUGUUAAUGUUCUUGCAGGCAGUCAUGUUCUUUUGAUGAAUUUACUUAUGUUUUGAGAAGGCAACUUCACCUUGAAAACGCAUUUACUGUUUUGCAAAAGCCCACAAAGUUCUGUUUCUUGUGGAUUCUUGUUAUGAACAACAAUGCUUGUACGGGAUUGAGAUAUAUUGUAAUAAAAU